GUUUUAAUGAGAAUUUAUGCACUUUUAUGUAUAAUCGCAAUAGCGUAUUGCACAUAAACUACAAAGUAAUGACAUCAAAAAUAUGUUCAAGCUAGGCAAGUAUGUUUGAUGAAUAGCUCGGAUUAUUGACCAAAAGUAAAUUAGGAAAAACUAUGCUAAAUAUGAUAUCAUUGCAAUAAUUUACAGAAGUGGAUUUUAGUCCAUUAUAUGCAGCUAUAGAUGACAUAGUUGCAUCAACAUAAUAAGCAAAGUAAGACGAAGCUGAAUCAUUGGAUUCUUUCUAUUAGUAAUUCUUGAGCGAUUCAGAGUUCUAUUAAAAUCAAGUUACAGAGUACAAUACAGAAGUAUUAGCUUAAUAUUGAUCGAAGGUUGCACAACAUUAGAGUGACAUUACAACAUUAAAGAAGGAUAGAAACAGUUUACAAUAGUCUCUAUACGAUAAAAGCCAAUAAUUGAGUGAUUCCCAAAGAAAUCAAGCAUAAUUGCAAAGAACAGUUUAGAAUAACGAUUAGGCAACAGCAAAGAAGACAGCAGAAUACGACUCAUCAAUUUCCAUCGUUGACUAAGUUAUAGCAAAAUUGCAAUUGAUUAAAUGUAAUCCAAUUCCAAUAAUUUUAUAGAGUCAUCUUUUAUUGAAGUAAAUAAAGAGGAUUUGGCUGUUUCAGCUGCCACAUUCUCAAGAAGAUUGAGUGAAGUAUCUCAUCUUCCUCAUCUCUUUGAGCCCUUGUCAAAAGUAUUGGUCUAAAUGGGCACAUAAGGGUAAUAAGAGUAUUUAUACGAUUUGUUAGGUUUGCUGAUUAGGAAUAAGCAGGAAAUGCAGUUAAGUUACUAAAUAGCUUGAGGGAAGACUUGGUGGCUUCAAAAUUGGCUUUGUAAACGAAUGCUCAAUUGGAGAAGGACACCAAUGAUGGAUUGUUGGCUUCUUUGGAGGAGAACAUCAAUUUAUUGAAUAAUGAGAUAAUUCCAUAAUUGAAAGGAGACAUCGAAACUAAGGAUGGUGAGAUUGCAACCAAAUAAGGACUCUUAAAGGAUGCAUAAUCUAAUUUGGAUACUGCUUAGGCCAAUCUUGAUAAUGUGAAUGCUGGAUGGGUUGCUAGGUAUUUUGGUCAAUAUAUUGGAUUAGAUAGGAAUAGAAUAAGCAACUCAAUGAUGGAUGGGAUAAUGAGUUGAUGUUGUUAUCAUAGGCAGAAUCAGCUUUGGAGAGAGGAGGAAUUAGAAGAUAGUGAACAAUAUUAUAAACAAUUUAU